AUGUCUAGCGGUGUUAAUUUCUGGGCUGCAGGCAACAACCGAGUAAAGUCUGCCUCAUCGCCUACUCCAGCCAUUGUUGAGGCUCCACAGAAGCUGAAGUCGGACACUAUGUCUCAGCAGAAAAAGGGUCUUGUCCUGAGAUCGAUGAAGAACGGCACUGCAAAUGGCGACACCAAUGGACCCAGCACGCCCGCUUCCACGCCCAACGGGAGGAAGACUGACUGGGCGGACGAAGAGGAGGAUAGCGAGUUCCUAGCUCAAUUCACCAAAGAUCCGCGCAUCACUACCCUCGAGACCACCAUCGUCCUGAAGGAUGAGCGCGUCAAAGAGCUUGAAGCAACGGUAGUCACCAAGAAUCUUCGCGUUGCAGAGCUAGAAGCUGCAGUCCAGGAUCGGGACCACCGAAUCUGCAAUCUCGAGGCUGAUUCCGACGACAAGGAAGUCCGCAUUGGAAAGCUUGAAGAAGCAAAUCACGAACAGUUCCUCCAGGUGCAAGAGUUCCUUCGCGAUGUCGCAAAGAAGGAUGAGCGCAUCACUGUGCUUGAGCACGAGCUGAGCCAGAAGGCAGCCAUCAUCCUCGACCUUGAGUCAAAAUCCAACUCGGAUUCUCAGGCGUCUACCAACUGUAAAGAGGUGGCCAUCGUCGAGAAGGCAAAGACUGAUAAUUCGAUCGCGACUAAGACUCCCGAGACUGAGUCCGUCCAGGACCACAAGGAAGUUGAAGUUGAGAGAGCCAUCUCAGACACAUCGGUAUCUGAUAGCUUCGAGAUUGUUGAGGCAUAUAAGCCUGAGGAAACCACCAAGGAAUCCCCUGGGGGUGUCACAGAGAAAGUGGCAUCUUCCAUUGAUACCUCGUCGGAAACCUCUCCAGCGAAGGCUAAUUCUCCAACCCAUUAUGUCACAAAGGACACGCUCAAAGUUGUGCCACCCGCCCCGAAGCCAAAGACGUUGACCUUUCCGAUCGACUUUUCCAAGUACGCAAAGAAGCCCGCUGCGCCACCUGCUACGGCUCAACCACAGUCUCCGCCACCCAUGGAUAGUAGGAAUGGGCACACUACGCCUUGGGGCCGGUCCGCGAAGCAGGCGCGCGUCAAGACUGAUGCAAAACCAACCUUCAAUCCAUCGGCUGAUAUCCGUCAAAUGUCGUUGAUGGAGCGUGCUAAAUACGCAAAUGGUCCAGAGGUCGCUGUGAAGCUUGGGGGCAUCGAGGUGAUGACGAUUCCCAAGUAUCUCCUCAUGCAGUGCUCGGUCAAGGCCCUUGUCUACUUUGAGGCCAAUCCAGAUGCCACCUCUUGGGAUUUCCCCGCUGGAUACAUGGAUGCUGACGCCGCGAAGGUGUGUCUCACCUGGAUGGAUGAGAUGACCUUUCAGGGCCGUGUGUACAGUAUUAAUCUUAGUGCCAUGCCCAACCACGACAAGAAGAACCUCCACAUCUGCCGUGCCGCCCGUGUCAUGGGCCUUAACAACACCUACGUGGGUCAUUUCACCAAGCAGCUUUGCGAUCGUAUCCGCAACCACGAGGUUUCGUACGAAUUCAUGGAUAUGGUAUGUGAGCUGGUCUAUCCAGAGAACGACCCCAUCUUCGACUGUCUGGCCAACAACCUGGUCAACCAGGUAAAGGUUAGUGCGAUCAAGGACAUGACUAGUCUUGAGAAGUUGAUGGCCAAGCACGCGACGCUGAAGGGCAAGAUGAGCCACAUCGAGCAGAUGAUGGCGAAGCGUAUGCGCAAGGCCGGCGGUUCGCGUGAGGAUAGUCAGUACGGUGGUAGCAAGGAGCGUCGCGGUGGUGGUGGGAACAGGGGUGGACAUGGUGGCAGUGGUGCGCCCUCCAAGGCCUUGAGCCUGUUCUCCAGGUCUCGCUAG